AUGUGCAGCAUGUUCCUGUAUAUAUAGUGAUGCUGGUGAGUCUGCAGUGUGCUUGUGUGCUGCCUGGAAGAAGGAAGGUAUCAUAUCCUUAGUCAUCCCAAGAAGCAUCACCAUCUCCAAGGCUAAACCAUGACUUCCAGGGAUCUCUACACAUCAUCCUACAAGAAAAUCUUUGGGGAGUCUCCCAGGUCAUCUAGCCACCUCUACAAUACCAGCUCUAGAACAUCUCAGGCAUACAGACCCAGGGACACCUACACCAGCGUGUCUUCCUAUAGAAAGAUCAGCAGGUCCCCCACCAGCCACCAGGACCACUUUGACUUGUCCCAGUCCACAGCCCUCAGCAACGAGCUGAAGAUAGUGAGGACCAAUGAGAAGGAACAACUGCAGGGUCUCAAUGACCGUUUUGUCACCUACAUCGAGAAGGUCCACCAUCUGGAGCAGCAGAACAAGCUGCUUGAAACAGAGGUGACCUUGCUCAGGCAGAAGCAGUCAGAGCCCUCCAGGCUGAGCCAGAUCUAUGAGCUGGAGCUCAGGGAGCUUAGGUCCAGGCUGGAGGAACAACUCCAUGAGAAAGACCAAGCUCAUCUGGACUGCCAACACCUGGAGAACUGCAUUCAUCAACUGCAGGAGAAGCUGGAGCAGGAGGCUGGCAAGAGAGAGGAGGCUGAGGAGGCUAUGAAGAACUUCAGGAAGGACGUGGACCAAGCUACCCUGGACCGACUACAGCUGGAGAAGAAGGUGGAAGCCCUGCUGGAUGAGCUGGCGUUCCUGAGGAAGGUCCAUGAGGAGGAGGUGACUGAGCUGCAGGCUGCAGUGACAGAGGCACAGGUGACUGUGGAGAUGGAUGUAGUCAGUAAGCCUGAUCUGACAGCGGCCCUGAAGGAAAUACGUAUGCAGUAUGAGGUCCUGUCUACACGCAACCAGCAGUCGGCUGAGGAGUGGUACCAGACCAAGAUUGCCAACGUUUCCCAAGAGGCAGCUCGGAAUAAUGAUAACAUUCGCCAAGCUAAGGAAGAGCUCACAGAGUACCGGAGACAGCUCCAAUCCCGAACCCUGGAGAUCGAUGCGCUGCGUAGUGCUAAUGAGUCACUUGAGAGGCAGCUUCAGGAGGCUGAGGACAGGAAUAACGAAGAGGUUUCGCAAAUGCAGGAAACAAUCAACCAGCUGGACAAUGCUCUGAGAACCACUAAGGGAGAAAUGGCCCGUCAUUUGAGAGAGUACCAGGACCUCCUCAAUGUCAAGAUGGCUCUGGAUAUUGAAAUAGCAGCAUACAGGAAACUCCUGGAGGGGGAGGAGACGCGUUUGACCACGGUGGGCGGAGGCAGCAUGUUUGGCAUUGGCUACCCGUAUUCCUCUGGUUCUUACUCUGGAAGCAAAAGUUACACCUCUAGUACAAUCACCACCCGGAAAGAGGAGAAAAAAGAAGCAUCUGACGGCGGCAAAGGAGGGGCCUCUGCCCAGCCCAAAGCACCAACGUCAGGAGAUGCCAGCUCAGAAAAGACCACCUCUAAGAACUGACCUAGCUAUAAAACAUUGAAACCCACACAUCUUCCAUACUAAUACUUGUUUUUUAUGUUUUUAUUUUGAAACAUUUUGCAAGUAGUCUAGCGUUGACCCAUAGAGGUUAAAAGAAGAAGCCAUAAAGAUAUUCAUCCAUAUUUAUUGGAAGCGUAACCAUAAGCUACUGUACUGACACAUUACAAUCACCAGGUAUAAUAAACAUACAAAAAAAAGUUUUAA